AUGUAUGCCAAUCUCCAAGUGCCUACCACUCCUCGGGCAUACAUCUGCCCCGGUUGUCAGCAAUCUCCUCUUUUACCUCGAGGCCCUGGAGACCAGCUGGCUCAGCAACAAGUUCUACUGCAACGCGUAAAUAGUCUGGAGCAAUGGCAAUCCCAGGUUGUGGCCCAGAUGUCGUCGGGCGGAAUGCCGGGCGCCAACUCCAACCACUCUGGACAGAGCCAAACGGAAUGCCAACAGCAUAUUCCAGCUAUUCAGUCGGCGCAGCAUGAUACGGUGUCAGACGUGGCGCAAACAGACCAUGUGGUGCACGUGCCGCUGGCGAGUCAGGCUCAACAUCAAGGAGAACAGAAUCAAUUCAGUCAGCGAGUGUCGCACCGUAGGGUGUCAAAUUCGUCACAAUCCAAACACGUCCCAGCGUCCCGCCAAGGUCAUAACCAGGAGAGCCAGAACCAAGCCGUUCAGCCAACACCGCGCAAUGGCGGAUUGCAAUUGACGCAAACAAAUCGCGUUUCGGAACAGAUUCACCACCAGGAAGGGCAGCAACUAUCUCUAAAGCAGGAAGACGAAAGCCAGAACGAGAAACAAUGGCAACAAUGCCCCAGUAAACCCAAGCCCGGAGUAACCGGCGGUCAUUCAUUGAUUAGCGUCUAAGGCAAAGAGGAGAGAUCACUAGGAGCACCUCAACCUCAGGGUCCGUGCCUCCGCGAUUAGAACACGAGCGCCAGUGAAGGGUCUCUUUUUUAUUGGUUCUGCCAAUGAUAAUGGAACCUUUGCAACAGACCCGGUCUAUCUCAUAGUCGGGGUGAUCAAGCAGGAAUAAAAUGGAUGUUACCUUGUGCGAUUGGUAUGGGUUACUAUGGGGCCCUUUUCGCCUCGUCUUUUCCGUUUCUGUGCUGGCGACCUAUAUAGGUAUAUGGGGAAUUCUUGCUUACAGCCCUAAUGGCGCAGGAAAGUGAGAAGAUUAGACUUUACUAAUAGCAGAAAACGAGC